CUGCUAAUGAGUAAAGGCCUGGUCUGAGAGUCUUGCGUCCAUUCGAGUAGUAAAUGUUGAGCACAACGAUAUCUACUACGAACCGUCCCUCUUCAUAAUCAAUCAAGACUCCUCCAUGCGGAUGGGAUACGCAGAUAUGGAUCAGUGGGAAAGCAAACAGGAGAGAAAAGCCGCGCUUAUGCAGAAAAUCACAGGAAGUUUUGGCAAAGUUCGAGGGUGUUUCGGAGACAGGCGUAUGAUACUAUUCAUCGUAUUCGUUGCUCUUUUCUUGGAUAAUAUGCUGCUAACAAUUGUUGUACCCAUAAUUCCAGAUUUCCUCAUUGAUCAGAGAGUGAAAAACAAAUCAGCUGUGAUUGCCAAAGUGUUGAGUGACAUAAAUGACAGUUGCCUGGAGUUUUUACAUGAACCCGAACCUGAAAGCACCCUAAGGCGCGUGCCAAUUUACGCGUCCAGAGGACAUUCGCCACAUCAGCAUUUGUCAGUCUAUUUGGAGCAAUUAUUUGAAAAGGAAAUUUUUCACCGAGACGCCUACUUCAAUAUAUACGGACUAUCCUCACAAAACGAUGGUCCCAAUGGCGAAAGAAAUGCUACACGGCCUGGACGAAUUUCCGAACAAGUGGAAUACUGUAAGGAAAGUGUGAAUCAGAGCAUCCACCGGUUGCGCCGUGAAACGGCUGGCAAUGAACAUAUUCAAAUCGGAGUGAUGUUCGCCUCAAAGUCUGUAGUGCAGCUGAUGGUGAAUCCCUUGGUUGGGCCAUUGACCAACAGGAUUGGUUACAGCAUACCAAUGUUUACGGGAUUCCUGAUAAUGUUCGUUUCCACCGUUGUGCUUCAGUUGCUUGCUCUGAAACCGGCUGUGCGACCAGAAGCGGAACGGGGUAGCUCUCUGUGGAAUUUACUUCGGGAUCCGUACAUUUUGGUUGCUGCCGGUCCUAUUGUGAGCGGUUCUAUGGUGCAAACCGUUGGGUUUAGUUGGAUGCUCUGGUUUAUUUCGAUUGUUUGCGCUCUCUAUUCUCCGCUGACUCUGCUGUUGCGAAACCCUCCCAGGCGUGAUGAAGCCAGGGCUUUGGUGGACCGCAAUGCAGAUAAGCCACCUGGUUCUAUUAAUAACUCUGCAAUCGGAGACCCAAUGAACACUGCAAAUUUUACAAAUUUGUCACUUGGGGCAACACUUGGUUACGACCCUACUGCUGGCGGACAGAGAAGCUAUGGAUAUAACUGAAGCACAGCCCAUCGGACCACAAUGUUCGCAGUGUUCCCGGCCCAUACACAACCACCGGAUGCUAACCUGAUCAAUCAAUCCUAUUCCUAUUUAUCUGGGUGCCAAUUAAACCUUCCCACACGGACCAUCCUUUUUGUUGUUCUUGAUGUAAUGAGGUCUCCAAAUUAUUCGACAUAAUUACUCAUUCCGAGUCUUGCAGAGAAUCGACUGCGACCGUCCUGCCACAGUCGAAAGGUGAUCAACAUUUUCAUUCUCAUGAAAGCCAGAUGGAACUUUCUCAUGCUGUGAUCAGACA